CCAAAAUAUCUGGAGGAAUAAAGUUUGGAAAGGAUGGAAAUAAAAACAACAGCGUAUGUAAGGGAAGCUGUAAAAUGACCUAGCAUAUAGAAAACAAAAACUUGAGCCUGAAAGAUUCUCAGAUCCAGUCUUGGCCAUGAAAUGAGUUGACAAACUGGGAAUGGAAGUCUCUUUCUGUUUCUAAAUUUUCUUUCUGGGUUGUUCUGAGGAUAAAGGAUGAGAGGAAUGAACAAUGAACUAUGUUUGUUACCCUGAAAUCUUUGAAGGAGGAUCAGGUUGAAAAUGGAAUGAAUCAUUGGGUUGGGUCAAAAUCUGAGGUUGAUCCAGAUUUAGAAAUACUGAAAGUAUAGAUAUCUUAAGAGCCAUUUAUUUCAGUGGGUGAGUCUAACCUGAACAUGACUAAGUCUGGAUUCAUCCCUUUACGUUGGAUAAAAGCUAAAGCUGCAAAGUGAAUUUAGACUCCGAAAUACAAUAGGAAUGCGGUUAAUUGUGAAUAUAACUAUUGCCAUCAUCUCCAAUCCUCAGUGUAAAUUGGCUGAAAAAAUCUUCAAGAUAUUCAGCUAGAACGUAUCUGUGAUGGAAAAUGGAAGACAGAGGAGCUCGUGUCGCUGACUACUUUGUUGUGGCAGGACUGACGGAUAUUUCCAAACCACUAGAGGAGGAAAUCCAUUUCAAUGAUGCUUGUCACAAACUUGCGAAGCCAAAAGAGCCAAUCACAGAUGUAGCGGUCAUAAUUAAAUCUCUGGGAGAAGACGUCCCGCAUGGCUACAAAUGCAUCGAUGUAACUCCAUCGGGAUUGUCAGCGGAUCUCAACAAUGGCAGCCUUGUGGGACCACAGAUAUACUUGUGCUACAGGAGAGGAAGGGACAAACCUCCACUUACUGAUCUGGGGGUUUUAUACGAUGGGAAAGAGAGAUUAAAGCAGGGCUGUGAAAUUAUUCAAGCAACUUCAUAUGGCCGCCCUGCAAAUAUCAGCGGUGGCACCUCAUCGCAAAAAGUAUACAUCACAUACCGAAGAGCCUCGGAGAACAUGACACAGAAUACUUUGGCUGUCACAGAUAUAUGCAUCAUUGUACCAAGUAAGGGAGAAACCCCGCCCCAUACGUUCUGCAAGGUUGACAGGAAUCUGAACAAUAGUAUGUGGGGCUCAGCAGUAUAUUUGUGUUACAAGAAGUCCGUGGCAAAAACAAACACCAUAUCAUACAAAGCAGGUCUAAUAUGUAGAUACCCAGAAGAUGACUACGAUUCAUUUCCCUUGCCAGAAUCAGUACCUCUCUUUUGCCUCCCAAUGGGGGCAACAAUUGAAUGUUGGCCAUCAAAUAGUAAAUAUCCCCUCCCAGUAUUUUCUACAUUUGUACUCACUGGAGCAUCUGCUGAAAAGGUCUAUGGUGCUGCUAUUCAGUUCUAUGAAACAUAUUCAGAGGAAAAGCUCACAGAAAAGCAGAAGUCACAGCUAGGUCUCAUGGAUACUGUGGAUGGGAAAUCUGCUUGUUCCAAAUCAGUCCAGACUAAUAAAUGCAUCUGCCUUCUUUCUCACUGGCCAUUCUUUGAUGCUUUCAAGAAAUUUCUUACCUUUCUGUAUCGUUACUCCAUAUCUGGUCCACAUGUCCUGCCUAUUGAAAAGCAUAUUUCCCAUUUUAUGCACAAAGUUCCUUUUCCAUCCCCACAGAGGCCAAGAAUUCUAGUCCAAUUAUCACCUCAUGACAGCCUGAUUCUUAGUCAGCCCAUAUCAUCUCCUCUGCCACUGAGCGGUGGCAAGUUUUCUGCUCUUCUGCAGAAUCUUGGUCCUGAGAAUGCUGUAACUCUGCUUGUAUUUGCGGUGACCGAACACAAGAUCCUUAUCCAUUCUUUGCGACCUUCUGUCCUUACCAGUGUAACAGAAGCACUUGUCUCAAUGAUCUUUCCUUUCCACUGGCCGUGCCCAUACAUUCCUCUCUGCCCACUAGCCCUGGCAGAUGUUUUAAGUGCUCCGUGUCCAUUCAUAGUAGGAAUUGAUUCAAGAUACUUUGAUCUCUACGACCCUCCGCCAGAUGUUAGCUGCGUUGACCUAGAUACAAACACCAUUUCACAACCUGGAGAUAAAAGGAACAUUGCGUGGAAGAUCUUGCCAAAGAAACCUUGUAAAAACCUGAUGAACACUUUAAAUAACUUAUACCAACAGCUAGCUGAAUUGCAACAAAGACCAAGAGAAGAUGCCCUGAUGGAGUUGGCCAUGAAUGACUACGAUUUUCAAUCAGGGUCAAAGCUGCAUCUGUUAGAUUUAGAAAUCCAGGAAGCAUUUCUCUACUUCAUGGCCUCUAUAAUGAAAGGUUACAGGUCAUACCUAAGACCUAUUACCCAAGCACCUUCUGAAACAGCAACGGACGCAAGCUCCCUCUUUGAACUGCAAGGAUUCUUAAAAAGCCGCGAUCGUUCACAUCAGAAGUUUUACACUAUGAUGACCAAGACACAGAUGUUCAUUCGUUUCAUUGAAGAAUGUUCCUUUGUUAGUGAUAAAGAUGCAAGCCUUGCGUUUUUUGAUGACUGUGUAAAUAAAGUUGAUACGGAUAGGACUGGUGAGGCACGGCUUAUGGAACUUGAUGAGUCCUACAGGAGUGAGCACACUGUUUUCAUAACUCCUCCUGAGAUUCCUCACCUUCCCAAUGGAGAAGAGCUUCCAUCACAGUACAGUUACAAUGGGUUUCCUGUGCUGAGGCAAGAUUUAUUUGAACAUCCUGUGGGACUUCUGACAAUCCGAAACAACAAAUUAUCUUCGAAAGCCAGCAGCCCCAACAGCCCACUGCCAAUGUUCAGGAGAACAAAACAGGAAAUCAAGUCAGCCCAUAAGAUAGCUAAAAGAUACUCCUCCAUCCCUCAGAUGUGGUCCCGGUGUUUGCUGCGCCACUGUUAUGGCUUAUGGUUUAUCUGUCUCCCUGCCUAUGUUAAAGUCUGCCAUUCCAAAGUAAGAGCUUUGAGAACAGCCUAUGAUGUGCUGCGGAAAAUGCAUGCUAAAAAGAUUGACCCACCUGAUGAGGUAUGCUACCGGGUGUUGAUGCAGUUGUGCGGACAAUAUGGGCAGCCUGUGUUAGCUGUGAGAGUCCUAUUUGAAAUGAAAAAGGCUGGAGUUGACCCUAAUGCCAUUACAUAUGGUUAUUAUAAUAAGGCUGUUUUGGAAAGCACCUGGCCAUCAAGCAAUCGAAGUGGCUAUUUUCUGUGGACAAAGAUAAGAAAUGUCGUCUUAGGUAUAGCACAGUUCAAAAGAGUUCUAAGGAAGCAGCCUGCAAAUGGCAUCCACAAAGCUCUUUCUGGAGAGCAUUCGGAUCUCUUAUACAGACUGUCUAAAGAAGCAGUUAAGCAAGGGAAAGCACCUGUUCAGAAGGAUGGCGAACAAAAAGAAGAGAAAAAGGAGAGUGACUCCAGUUCUUUAUCUGAGAUAGAGAGUGGAAAGGGAAGUGGUGACUGCCUUCAUGCAUUAAAUUAUCAGAAUUCCAAUAGUGCUAAGACUGCUUCAAGGAUUGUUCGUAUUAGUGAUAAAAUUGGCAAAGUAACAGAUGCAGCAGGAGAUAUCAGUACAGAAAGCUCGGCAGGAUUGCUCUUCUCGUCCUUUGAGGGUAUCAACAAAACGAGAGUUACUAAAGUUGUAAACUUAAGAAGCAAGCAUUUAAAUGCAGCUGAAAUAGAACGCAAACGGAUAGUUUGGAGAAACAGGAACCGCAACCUGAGCGGAGAUGCUCUGAUAGAACUCAUGAAAAAUCAAAUUAACCAUGAAGUAAGUCCUGAAGAGAUUGUUGAAAAACUAGGAGUCGAUGCGAAAAUCCUUUCUAAAGUGUUUGAGAGGAGAAUAAGGCCAAAGACUCUCAAUAUCAGGCAGUCUUCUUUGGAACCCAUUAAGAGAGGGAACCUGGAGAGGGAAUCUAGUGAUGAGGAUGCCCCCUACGAGAAUUGUUUUGUGGACAAAAUGGAGUCUCCAGUUAUAUUCGAUUUGGAAGAUUUGGAUAAUGAACCUGUCUCCGUGAAAACUGUGAAACUAUUGCAUAAAAAGCCAAAGAGGAUUCAGCGCGCCAUCAGCUUUCCAGUCAAGCCCAUUGAGAAAACUGAUGUUGAAACAGGAUUUGAUCCACUCUCCUUGCUGGCUGCUGAGAUAGGACCGCAGGAAGAGGAUGAAGAGGAUAGCAAAAGUGUCUCAACCCCAUCUGCAAGGCGAGAUUUGGCCGAAGAAAUAGAGAUGUAUAUGAACAACAUGAGCAGUCCCUUAUCGAGCCGUGCACCAAGCUUAGAUCUGCAAAAAGCAUACCAUGACAAGAACACUAUUAAAAAGAGCCCAACGUUUGCUCAGCCAUGUCGGCGAUCUAGCCUUCCUCCAAACUCACCCAGACCAAUGAGCCUUACUAAAUCCAAAAGCUAUCAUGCCAAAAAUGAAGAAAAGGUAAGGGAAAGACUUUGGUCCUCGCCAGUGUUCUCCCCGAAUAAUCUUUCACGGGGACAGUCUCAGGAUAUGGCCAGUGCAGUAAUGCUUGCUUCUCCAACUGCGUUCAAUUUGGAUACACUCCUAACACCCACCUUUGAUGUCCUGAAGAACAGCAUGUUUUCUGCAGGGAAAGGGGUUGCAGAGAAGGCCAGCAAGUGGUACUCAAAGUUUGCUACAUAUGCGUCGUCGUCAAAGGAUCAAAAUUCAGACCGGGCGAGCAUUUCAUCCCUGGGAGCCCUAGAUUCAGAAUCUACCUCUCUGACAGAUGAAGAAGUCUGCAAUGAUUUUGACAGUAACUCUUCUCCUCAAGAGAAUACCUCCUCUGUGUUAAAAGGGAUUGGUUUGAGCAGGACAAGUCUCGAGAGUUCAGCUUCCAACAAUGGCUCAUCAAAGCGUGGCUCUCUUUCAAAGUUUCCUUUGCCGGACAGAUCAGAGCUGGUAUCAUCUUGCAGCACAAGCAGUACAAGUGUGUUCCAGAAUUAUGCAUUGGAGGUCCUCAUCUCAAGUUGUUCACGGUGUCGGACGUGUGACUGCCUUGUACACGACGAAGAGAUCAUGGCAGGCUGGACUGCUGAUGAUUCCAACCUUAACACAACCUGCCCUUUCUGUGGGAACCUAUUCUUGCCCUUCCUGAACAUUGAAAUCAGAGAUCUCCGUGGGCCGGGAAGAUAUUUCCUGAAGUCCAGUCCAUCUUCAGAGAACAUGCAGCUUCCGUUAUCUUUUACAAACCAGACGGGAAAGUCUUGCUCCUCUGAUCCCAUUUCAGGAUUUACUGCCUCCCUAGUACCCACUCAUGAUAACUUGCAUUCAAAUAGCUGCAAGUCUAAACAGUCUGACACCAGCUGUACCAGGGGCAUCCAGAUCUCUUCUCGAAGAAAAGAGAAUACAGUUAGCACUGAACACAACAGCCACCCGCUGUCAAGAAGCAUCAGUACAUCCAGUCCACUGGAAACAGAGGAAACAGAGAGCCACAAACACAACCAUGUGGUUCCCACAGGGAGCCUGCCUACCACUUUGCAAGGGACACCUGAUCCUCUGGGAAUAGAGUGGCACUUACCCAGCCCAGAGCCUAUAACUGUUCCUUACCUGAGUCCUCUGGUUGUAUGGAAGGAGCUUGAAAGUUUAUUAGAGAACGAAGGGGACCAUGCUAUCACAGUGGCAGACUUUGUGGACCACCAUCCCAUUGUGUUCUGGAAUCUAGUGUGGUAUUUCCGACGCCUGGACUUACCCAGUAACUUACCAGGAUUAAUACUGUCCUCUGAGCACUGCAAUAAGAAUUCAAAGAUUCCAAGAAAUUGUAUCUUGGAGGACAGCAAGUAUGUUCUCAUCCAGAUGUUGUGGGACAACAUGAAGUUACACAAAGAUCUGGGGCAACCUCUGUACAUUUUGUGGAAUGCACAAACUCAAAAGUACCCCAUGGUUCGCUUGCUGCAGAAGGAUGAUAGUUCAUUUAACCAGGAACAUUUAAGGAGCAUGGUGAAGAGCAUUAAGAUGAAUGAUGUCUAUGGACCGAUGAGUCAAAUCCUGGAGAGACUUAACAGAUUUCCACAGAUUAAGAGGCAAAGGAGCCUUUAUAGAGAGAUCUUGUUUCUCUCUCUCGUUGCUCUCGGAAGAGACAAUAUCGAUAUAGAUGCUUUCGACAGAGAAUACAAAAUGGCUUACGAUCGCCUCACAGCAAACCAGGUCAAGAGCACCCACAACUGCGAUAGGCCUCCAAGCACCGGAGUGAUGGAAUGCCGAAAAAUUUUUGGGGAACCAUACCUUUAAAGAAAAGAGAAAACAUUGCGUGCGUAAGGAAUUGUUGCAGUGUUCAUGUGUGGAGGGAGAAAAGAGAGACUUCAGAAAGACUCACCCUUCUCCAUUAAAAAGCAUACUUAAUUUUAAUUAAAACCGGAAUUUCCUAGAGGCAAAAUGAUACUGGAAAGACUCACGAAGAGCAAGCCAUUUGGAAGGCUCUCUUGGAUGGUGUCUACAAACCACUUAAUGGAGAAACCUAAUGGUCCAUCGCAGGAAGCGGAAGCGGACCAAAUCCAUGCACUAACAGUUUGCAUGAAUGAAAUAAGCUUUUCAAAACUGUUUACAGAGAAUGUUUUAAAAAGAAAUGUUACAGAGCAAAUACCAGAGUUGUAUAAUAGCAGAUUUUAAAUUAUU